GGUAGGAAGUGUUGACAAAUAGCGAAUGUAAAUCUUGUUUGCAAUCAAUGCUACUGUAGUCGUUGUACCUUAGCAUAAUUUGUCAGACUUCCAGAGUCAUCUUUUAAUUUAACAUCAUUAUUUAAUCGUACACAUUUUUCAAUUAUGUGAUGUCGUUUAAGUGAAUCUAGCAGUCUAACUGUCAUCCAAGUAGGACUAAUGUUAUCUCCCAGAGACAUGGCGACUUAAUUAAUGACCCACCACACGUCUAGACACCUUUAAAUUCGGUGACAGCACAACGUAAAAUCAACGAUGUCUCAAUUUAUGGAUUCCGAAGAGAAUACGCCAUUGCUCAACGAUGAUUCUGGCAGUGAUGACUCCCAAAAUGAUGAAUACAAGAGUAGAUGGCGGUCAAUUCGUGUAAUGUACUUCACAAUGUUUCUAAGCAGCGUUGGUUUCACUAUUGUCAUCACGUCAGUUUGGCCGUAUCUGCAAAAGAUUGAUGACAGUGCCAAUGCUAGCUUCCUGGGCUGGGUGGUGGCGGCCUACAGCCUGGGCCAGAUGCUGGCGUCCCCCCUCUUUGGGCUCUGGUCCAAUCACAGGCCCAGGAGAGAACCAUUGGCCUGCUCUAUUUUCAUCAACGUCACAGCCAACAUCUACUACUCCUACGUCUACCUACCCACAUCACAGAACAAGUACCACAUGCUCAUGUCUCGAGCUUUAGUCGGUUUUGGAGCAGGGAACGUAGCUGUUGUGAGGUCCUAUGUUGCUGGAGCCACCUCACUGAAGGAGAGAAACAGUGCUAUGGCUAACACAAGUGCCUGUCAGGCUCUGGGGUUCAUUCUGGGUCCAGCUCUCCAGGCCGGUUUGUCAUUCAUUGGUGAACAAGGUGUUAGCGUGAAGGUCAUUGACCUACAGCUGAAUAUGUACACCGCCCCAGCUCUACUGGCUGCAUUAUUUGGCGUCAUCAAUAUCCUGCUCGUCGUGUUAGUGCUGAGGGAACACCAAGUUGACGACUAUGGAAGACAUAUCAGAGCCAUCAAUUAUGUGUCUGAAGAAAGAAUGGAUGUCAGUCAGGAAACAGAAGGGAAUAUUGAUCACGUUGCUGUUUUGACCUCCAAUGUUCUAUUUUUCAUCAUCAUGUUCAUUUUCGCUGUCUUCGAGACCAUAGCCACACCCCUAUCUAUGGACAUGUUCUCUUGGACUAGGAAGGACGCAGUGCUCUACAACGGUAUCAUACUGUCCUGCGUCGGCUUUGAGUCCAUCCUGGUGUUUCUACUUGUGAAGGUUCUCUCUCAAAGGAUUGGUGAUCGUCCUGUGCUCCUUGGAGGCUUGGCUAUCAUAUUCUGUGGCUUCUUUGUCCUGCUCCCAUGGGGGAACCAUUACCCUGCCAUCCAGUGGGCAGACCUCAAGAAUUACACUGUCAUCCACGAGACGUUUGCCCCAAUCCCGGCGUUUGCCCCAACUCCGGUCUCCAACAGCUCCUUCGAGCCGACAGGCUGCCCUGCUGAACAGACAUGGUGCCAGUAUACCCCCGCCAUUCACCUGGCACAGUUCCUUACCGCCGACGUCCUCAUUGGAGCGGGCUACCCGGCCUGCAACGUGAUAUCCUACACGCUCUACUCCAAAAUCCUAGGGUCCAAGCCUCAGGGUGUGUACAUGGGGUGGUUGACAGCCUCUGGUAGCGGGGCCCGGACCCUGGGGCCCGUGUUCGUCUCCCAGGUGUACACAAUCCUGGGUCCACGUUGGGCUUUCAGCCUCAUCUGUGUCAUGGUGCUUGGGGCCAUACUUCUCCUGGGAGCCCUCUACCACAAACUCAUCUCCUUCGCCGUGCGUCACGGCAGGAUCCUGGAGUAAGAAAUGUAGACCCCACACCCAUUUUAGGGGGACUUUUUGUCGACUUUAAUCCUAAAAAUGAGAAGCUUUCACUAAUGAAGUUGCUGCCGGGGAUGUGGUGACAGUUUCACAAUGCCUUAUGGUUUGUCACUCAGGUUCGAUAUUGAAGAUGUUUGGUCAAGAACGAAACGGUAGGGCCAUUUUAUUUUCUCCUGAGUUGAGAUGAGAGUCGCUUCUCCAGUUGAAAAAGGAACUACUUAUUUUACCACUAAACGUAUUGCAGUAACUGCUACUUCUCUGAUUUUGUAUGGAAAAGCAAUUUAAAAAUGUGCUCUCUCUCUCUCUCUUUUUGAAAGUGUACUUGGCUUGUUUGGGGGGACCACUGAUUUAAACAUCGGUUAAUUUGUUUGUUUUUAUGCUGUAAAUGGUUUGAAUAAUGGUCACUUUUAGUAUUGAAAAAUAUAUACGUGCAUGUAGUUGAAGUGGCUGAUUCCAACUGAGUCA